AUGCAGGAUUGUAGCUUGAUUAUUUGGGAAGAAGCUUCCAUGUCCCAUAAAGCAUCAGUUGAGGCAUUAGACAGGACAAUGCUCGAUUUACGCAACAGAAAUUGCCCAAUGGGUGGCUGCACCGUUUUGUUUUCUGGAGACUUUCGUCAAAUUUUGCCAGUCAUAGCAAGGGGGACUAGAGCUGACGAAGUCAAUGCAUCACUCAAAAGAUCUUAUCUUUGGCCACAUAUUACAAAAUGUAAUGGUGCAUUUCAAUCCGGAAAUGUUAAAAUCAAUCUUAGUAACCUAUGUGCUUUGGUUCAAAAUGUGGAAGAAUUGGUUGAGACCGUAUAUCCCGAUAUUACUAAUAUAACUACAAAGACUUUAUGUUGGUUUAAGGAAAGGGCUAUAUUGGCACCUACUAAUGAACAGGUUGAUAAAAUUAAUCAUUUAAUUAUUUCCAAGUUUGAAGCACCAUCACAGAUAUACUAUUCAGUUGAUACAGUUUUGGAUACCGCAGAGGCAGUACAUUAUCCAACUGAAUUUUUGAAUUCUUUAGUUCCUCCCGGAAUUCCUCCACACAAGUUAAUAUUAAAAGUGGGUUCACCAGUGAUAUUACUUAGAAAUUUAAAUCCCCCAAAAUUGUGUAAUGGCACGAGACUCAAUAUAGUUAAAUUAAAAAACUUUCUAAUCGAAUGCACUAUUUUAACUGGCUGUGGUACUGGUGAUACUGUUUUAAUUCCCAGAAUACCGAUGAUUCCCUCCGAAUUACCCUUCCAAUUCAAAAGACUGCAAUUUCCAAUCAAAUUAGCCUUUGGUAUUACUAUUAAUAAGGCACAAGGCCAAACUUUAAAAGUUGCAGGAAUAGAUUUAACUGAUCAAUGUUUUUCUCACGGCCAGUUAUAUGUUGCCCUUUCAAGGGUGACAUGUAAAAAUAAUCUGUUUGUGUUUACUAACAAUCCGUCAGAAGUAAUGAACGUUGUGUAUAAGGAAAUAUUUCAAUAG